AUGGCUAAGCCACACAGAAAGCCCAACCAUGGAGGGCAGGGGUGGCAUGGGCACCAUUCACAUAACCAGGUUAGCCAGACAGAUCUGACGGUGGCUUUACAAUCCAUUAACCAGGCAGGAUGUGGGAGCACUCGCGUCAGUCCUGCUGUCUCAUACAUUGUUGGUGGAACCGAAGCUCGCGCUAACAGCUGGCCUUGGAUGGCAUCCUUAGAGUAUAAUGGAAUGCACGUUUGUGGGGGAAGCUUAGUAUCUGAUAGAUAUGUUAUCACAGCAGCCCAUUGUGUAGAGGGUGCUAUGGGGACAGCUUCCAGAUGGCGAGUUCGACUAGGAAAACAUGACAGAUCUAGAACAGAGUCUACAGAACAGAAUCUGAACGUCAGAGCCAUCAUAAGUCAUCGCAGUUACAGUAGCUCCAAAAUCAGCAACGAUAUCGCAUUGAUGGAACUGAGUUCAGCAGCACAGAUCAAUGAUUACGUCAGUCCUGUCUGUGUGAGUGAACUUGAUGUGGCUGCUGGAACAAACUGUAUAACAACAGGCUGGGGAGAUACUCAAGGUACUGGAUCUAGUACAGUUCUUAGACAGGUGACUGUACCAAUUAUUAGUCAGUCAACAUGUGCCAGUCGUGCCUAUUAUGGUAGGAAUAUGGACACUACAACCAUGAUUUGUGCUGGAUACGAACAAGGAGGAAAAGACUCUUGUCAGGGAGACAGUGGUGGACCAUUGGUAUGUAGUUCCCAAGGAGUAUGGCAACUCACAGGAAUCACUAGUUGGGGUUUUGGUUGUGCUGAAGCGUUUAAGCCUGGAGUAUACACCAGAGUAGUAAACUACGUCAGCUGGCUUGGUAACAAUAUGAAUUAAACUUUGGGAGAGAGCUGUAACACCCGGUGAUAUUUCUUACGUGAAUUGUGUUCGAUUACAUAGUUUAAAUAUAAUAUUCUAGUCGAUAGUUUUUUUUCUCCACAAAUAAAACAGAAUUCAACAUUCAGGUCGAGGAUUUUAUACAAUGAUUA